AUUUCAUUAGCUUAGAAAUGGAGGAGAAUAAACAACCUAAAGACAAAGACAAGAAAAUGACAGGGAGAUGGAGCAAAGAAGAGCAUCAGAUUUUUGUAGAAUGUGUGAAAAUGUAUGGGAAAGAUUGGACAAAGCUAGACACAUGUGUUCCCACUAGGGCUGGAAGCCAGGUGAGAAGUCACGCUCAGAAUUAUUUUGAUAAGAUAAAGGAAGAAUUCAAUGUUAGAGACCCAGCGAACUUUGUUAUGAAUGGAUUUCGUAAAAAAAGAGAGUUAAAAAAUCAUAUUGAUUACUCAGAACCUCAAUCAAGCAUCCAGGAAGACAAAGAACUUUUUGAGAUUGUUAGCAAUCCUUCACUAGACAACAGUAGUCAAUAUAAGCAAGAUUCUUUUAAGAAUCAAAAUCGUAAAUAGGAUGAGAAAUGAAGUGUCACCUAAAAACGAUGAUAAAGAAAGAAGUCAUUCUUCAAGCAGAUAUUAUAAAGGUCAAAUAGAAAAUCAUAAGCAAAAGCCUAACUUGAGUUCUACAUAUCUGUGUUUAGAUGGAGGCAAAGUCAUUUUAAAGGCUAAUGAAAUCGAGACAAUUGUUCCCUGAGAUAUUCAGAGUACCUAUCUCCCCUGUGGGAGUGAAAUCGCAACACUUUGUCCAACACAAAACGUCGAGAUAUCGAUUUUGCCAAUUACAAAAAUGGAUAGUAUAAUGAAAUAUGAGCCAAACAUUAAGCAGUUUUCUAAAAUAGAUUAUUGCCAGAGACCCCUAGAGAUCUCUUCUAAUCUUCCUCCUCAAAAUGCACUUGUAAAAAGUUUGUUAGAAGCUCUAAGUCCAAUAUACUGUUUAAGAGAGUUUAAAAUAAACUGUUUAGGACUCUCUCAAAGCUUAGAGAGUUCUCAGUAUAACAGUUUUGCUACUCAAACCAGGAAUAAUUGGAAUAGCAAGGCUUUUGAAUCAUUCUACAACAAGUACUAAGAUAAGAGAGAAAAAUGUGAUUUAAAUUUGAAAGUUUUACAAGAGAAAUUAAUAUUACCUUUAAGCAUUCUCAU